UCUCUGCUGCGGCGUCAGCCACGUCACCCCAAACAUUCUCUCAGUCAACGUGGAUAACUAACCGGCCGUCGAUGUUUUGGCUCUCCGUUCGCAGCCGUAGAUAUUAAUAUCGGAAAAGUUUGUGGACGCCAAAAUUCGUUGGACUAUUUAUAGAUUUUAAAUAUUUCCGGUGAAUCCAAACUCAUGCUUCUCUGCAAUUAGAUUCUCUACAUCUUCCCACCAUUUUCGCCAUACUAUUGUGUCAGCCUGAAAACUCAGCUCCAUCGAAGUUUUCAUUACUUAUUUUAUUUGAGAAUUUGAGUUUUGAGGGAAUUCCUAUUUCGUUUGGAUCACACAGCUUUGGCAUGGGAGUCACCACUGUUUCUAGUUCUGCGGGACGAACUCCAUUGGGAUUGAGAGCAAGAAAUUUGAAUCGUCCAUCCUCAUUGAAAAGGCCAGUAGUGUUGGCUUUCAAAUCCAAUGAAACUAAAACUACAUCUUUGGUUGCUAAACGAGAAUCUUUAGCUUUACCUUUGGAGACGAAUAAAGAGAAUAUAAAGACGUCAAGGAAGAUGAAGAAGCGGCCUGAACGAGUAAAAGCAGUCACUGUUGAUCAAGUCUCUCCAAGUAUAUUGGAGUUAGAUUGCGGUGAAGCAGCUGCUAAACUUGAAAAGUUAUACAAAUGGAGUCCUGGUACAGAUGUCUCUGAUGAGGAGGUCAAAACAGGAAGGGGGAAGAGAAGGCAGCCUCUUAGGAAAAAGAGUGCGGAAACAGAGGAGGCACAGAAAGAAAGGGAGGUGAGUUUGGUGAGGAGUCAGAGAAAGGCUAAAAGAUUGAAUCUCGAGAAGAGAAUUGCUAUGAGAAUGAACAAGGAAGGUGAAUUUGUUGCAUUGGCCCAAAAUAAGAAACACAGAAAGAAUGAUGAAGAUGAGAAGGUUGAUAGGCUUGUUAGAGAGUAUACUUCUUCAACGGAUUUGGUCAGCUUAGAUUGGAAGAAAAUGAAGAUUCCACCUGUUCUUACUUCAUCUGAGCAUGCCUGGCUUUUUAAACUGAUGCAACCUAUGAAGGAAAUCCUCAAAGUUAAGGAAACCUUAAAAAGUGAUUUAGGAAGAGAGCUAACUGAUGAUGAGUUAGCAGAGGCAAUAAAUAUGGAUACCUUUCAGCUGCGGAAACAGUUGGAAGUUGGUCGAGCUGCCAGAAAUAAGUUGAUUAAGCACAACCUGCGGCUUGUUCUAUUUGUCAUGAAUAAGUAUUUUCAAGACUUUGCUAAUGGCCCAAGAUUCCAAGAUCUCUGUCAAGCUGGGGUGAAGGGUCUUAUGACUGCUAUAGAUCGCUUUGAACCAAGAAGGAAGUUCCGACUCUCAACAUAUGGCCUCUUCUGGAUCAGGCAUGCCAUUGUUCGUUCAAUGACAUUGUCAAGCUUCACAAAGGUCUCCUUUGGCCUUGAAUCGGUCAGAGUAGAAAUCCAGAGGGCCAAGCAGGAGCAGCUUGUUGAGCUUCAGAGGACACCAACCGUUGAAGAGAUUACAAAACGGGUUGGAAUCUCCCCUGAAAGAUACCAUGAAGUGAUGAGGGCAUCGAAGCCUAUUGGUUCUCUCCAUGCACGUCAUGAUGUAACCAAUGAGGAGUUCAUCAACGCCAUAACUGAUGUUGAUGGUGUUGAAGGAGAUAGUAGGAGACAACCGGCACUUCUCAGACUUGCUCUUGAUGAUGUGCUUGAUUCUCUAAAGCCUAAGGAGAGCUUGGUGAUGAGGCAGAGAUACGGGCUCGACGGGAAAGGGGAUAGAACACUUGGAGAAAUUGCUGGGAAUUUGAACAUUUCAAGAGAAAUGGUUCGGAAGCAUGAAAUGAAGGCUCUCAUGAAGCUCAAACAUCCAACUCGAGUGGAUUACCUUCGCCGCUACAUUUACAAAUGAAGCAGCAACACCAUGCAACUUGCCUGUGCCUUGUAUGAUUAAUGUGUGAUUGCUCUCACUCUAUAUACAAAAUCAUAUGUAUUAUACAAAUUAGUUAUGGCGAGCCCUGGUCUGCUGAUAUAUCUACGUUUUGCAGUGCAGUGGUAAUUUUCUCUAAGCUUUAUAUACCUAGUGAUAGCAUCACUUUGUAAUUAUUGCCACUUUUACGAUGUACUUUUCUUCAAUACCUUGUCACUUCAAAUUUUAGAGGGGUCGUAUUUUGACACGUAAAACAUUUUAUAGGAUUCA